AUGACUGAUGUAGCAAACUCGGAAAACGCGGAGAAUAAUAAUGUGAACGAACAAACCCAACUAUUAGAGAGCAACAAUAACAAUGACAAUACUCAAACAGAUAUUAGUGUCACUGACACUAAUGUGAUUUCACCGUCACUGGCAGAAUUGGAAGAGCAAAGUGGACUUCAAGAUUACUUGGCAACACCCCCUACCACACAAGAAACGGAUCCAUUAUUAGCAGCAAAUAACAAGUCCCCCAAUGCAAGACCUGAGAAUAGUAAUACUGACAAUGGUAAUGAAAAUGAAAAUGAGGAAGUCUAUAACGAUGACGAUAACAUGAGCAGAGUGUUACGAUUAGCCAGAAGACCAAGUUUCAUAUGGGUUUGUUGUUUGGGUAUAGUGGCAUUAAUUAUUUUUCAAUUAACGUUUUUACCUCGUACAUCAUUAGCUAGAGAUUAUAGAAAUUGGCAUGGUAUUCGAUUAACUAAAACGGAUGUUAAAAGACAUUAUUUACAAAUGACAGGGAUAGGUAAAUCACAAAACACAUUGACGACUGAAGAAUAUAUUGAUAGUUUAUUAAAAAAUUUUACUGAUAUAAAUCAACAAUCUUCAUAUAAUUUGAUGUCUCAAGAUAAUCCCAAAUUAACUGAAUUUGUCAUUUCUGGAUUUAAAGAUUUGAAGGCAUUCCAAACCCAGGUGGUUAAACGUAAAGUUAAUAUUGGUACGCCAGAGAGUUCGAGUGUUAAGCUAUUUGAUGAACAGGGUAAGACCAUUUAUAUACCAAGUUUACUUGAACUAGAUUAUAGCACUCCAGCUUACUUUGCUUUGGGGAAAAGUGGGCAUUUUGUUGGAGAGUAUGUGUUUGUCAAUUAUGGAUAUCCACGUGAUUACAGUUUAUUGUUAGACAAUAACGUUGAGGUUAAAGAUAAGGUUGUUAUUAUAAAAUCAAGUUAUCGUGAUCGUAACAUCACUAUAUGUGAGAAAAUAGCUAUUGCUGAACACCAUGGAGCUAAAGCAGUGCUUAGUUAUUACGAUAUCGAGAGUGAUUAUAAUUCAUUUGGAAAGGAUAAAGUCAAACUGUUGAAGAAUGCUAUAACAAGAGGUAGUUUACUUAACAACACCAAGAUUCCAGCAAUUCCAAUUAGCCAAGACGAAAUCAAACCUAUUUUGAAUACAUUUGCAUUUCCUGGAAACGGUCCAUAUUCAAAUUGGGAGUUUGCUCCCACUACUACUGCUAAAUAUAAACUUCAAGUGGAUACACGGUUUGCAAACUCUGAGGAACCUAAAGAAUUUACUAAUAUUGUGGGAACAAUAAAGGGAAUAAUCAACGAUGCUGAUAUUGUGAUUGGUGCCAGGCGUGAUUCAUAUACUUCAUCAAAUCCACUUUCUGGACACGCUGUCUUAUUGGAAAUUAUGAGGUAUUAUCAGAAAUUAGUUAACGUUGGAUGGAAACCGUUACGUAAUAUAAAAUUUGUUUCAUGGGAUGCAUCAUAUUUGAAUUUAUUAGGGGUCGAAAGUUUUAUCAAUGAUACUACUGUUUUCAACCCAAAAAGAACUAUUGUUGCUUAUAUAAGUAUUGAUGGUGAUGCUGUUACUGGCAGCAAAUUUGCCGUAGAUGCUAAUGCUGUUUUCAACAGUGUUUUACGUCGUACUGCAAAAUCCAUCCCAAUCCCCAAGGAAUCGGUUUCAUAUACUAACAAAAUGGGCGAACAUAAUAUUGGGGAUGAUGAUGUAUAUAUAACAGAUAACAAGGGCAACAACAACAACAACAACAACAACAAUGAUAAUGAUAUUCUCAUUGAUAAUUUUGUUCAUAAUGAUUUUACUACGUUAUAUCGUUAUUGGUGGAAGCAAGAUAAGACAAGUAUAAACAACAAUUUGGGAUUACCUAUUGACUCUACUGAAUCAAUGAUAUUUCAAAAGCAUUUAGCCACACCAAUUAUAAAUGUUAGAUUUGAAAAUGAUCCUGAACAUGACAAAGCUAUUUAUAUACCAAAUUCGAAUUAUUAUUCUUAUGAUUGGUUGAUUCAUGAAAAAGUUGAUGAUGAUUUAUUACUUCAUGGACUGUUGAUUAGAUUUAUUGGAUUAUUGGGGAUUUCCCUAACGGAACAUGAAGUAUAUGAUUAUAAGACCCAUGCUUAUUUUAAAGCCAUAUCGACAUAUUAUAAACAAUUCAAAGCUGAAACCAAAGAAUCUUUAUCUAAAUGGGAUGAUUUAGUAGUUCCAAACUAUCUCAUUUUUAAAUCGACAAUUUUCCAAGACUUAGAUACUAAUGAGCCUGUUAAAUUCCGUCAAAUAACUCAUCAAUUCAAUAAGUUAAUGGAUCAUAUUGUUAAUCAAACAACAAUAUUUGAUAAAUGGAAUGAAAAUGUUGAAGAUGGAUUGAUGCAAGAUUAUCCCUGGUAUAUGUAUUAUAAGAAAUUACAGCAUUAUGCCGAAUAUAAAGUUUCUAAUUAUAAAUUGGCAUAUUUAGAGAAUGAUUUACAAUUAAAUGAUCGUGAUUAUUUAUAUUUGAAAACAGGUGAAAAUGGAGAUAUAAUAGAUGUCCCUAAUUAUUAUUAUGAUUCUAUUAUUUAUGGGCAACAAUCAUUUAACCCCAAUGAAUCGAAUCAAGAAUUUUUUGAUAAACGAUAUUUACAUGGUUCUUUUACUUAUUUGUACCAAAGCAUACUAAAUGAGGAUUUCGAAUUUACAGUUAAAUGGUUUGUGAUGAUUUAUGAAAAAUUAAAUAAUAUAGAUUACAAAAUGACAUAA